CUCGCGGAUUCCCCGCCCCACAGUUCUGGCCAGCGUCCUGGUGCGCACGGACGUGGCUCGAGUUUCCUCCGCUCUGGGCUCCUGCUCUCUCCCCUCUCUCGCUCCUCCUCUCCCGGUCUCCCGCUCCAGCUUCACUCGUCCGGCCCCGCACGGUUCCGGGAAGCCAUGGAGGAUGUCACGCUCCGUAUCGUCGAGCGACCGUAUUCCGGAUAUGCCGAUGCCUCCUCCGAGGGCCCGGAGCCUACCCCAGGGGAGGCACCAGCCACGGAGGAGCCGUCGGGGACCGGCUCUGACGAGCUGAUCAAGUCGGACCAGGUAAACGGUGUCCUGGUGCUGAGCCUUCUGGAUAAAAUCAUCGGCGCCGUUGACCAGAUCCAGCUGACCCAAGCCCAGCUGGAGGAGCGACAGGCGGAGAUGGAGGGUGCCGUGCAGAGCAUCCAGGGAGAGCUGAGCAAGCUAGGCAAGGCGCACGCCACCACGAGCAACACCGUGAGCAAGUUGCUGGAGAAGGUGCGCAAGGUCAGCGUCAACGUGAAGACGGUGCGCGGCAGCCUGGAGCGCCAGGCCGGCCAGAUAAAGAAGUUGGAGGUCAACGAGGCGGAGCUGCUGCGGCGCCGCAACUUUAAAGUCAUGAUCUACCAGGAUGAAGUCAAGCUGCCCGCCAAACUGAGCGUGAGCAAGUCGCUGAAAGAGUCGGAGGCGCUGCCGGAGAAGGAGGGUGACGAGCUAGGCGAGGGCGAGCGGCCCGAGGAGGACGCUGCGAUCGAGCUGUCGUCCGACGAGGCGGUGGAAGUGGAGGAGGUGAUCGAGGAGUCCCGCGCCGAGCGCAUCAAGCGCAGUGGCCUGCGGCGUGUGGACGACUUCAAGAAGGCCUUCUCCAAGGAGAAGAUGGAGAAGACCAAGGUGCGCACGCGCGAGAACCUGGAGAAGACUCGCCUGAAGACUAAGGAGAACCUGGAGAAGACGCGGCACACGCUGGAGAAGCGCAUGAACAAGCUGGGCACCCGCCUGGUCCCCGUGGAGCGACGCGAGAAGCUGAAGACGUCACGCGACAAGCUGCGCAAGUCCUUCACGCCCGACCACGUGGUGUACGCGCGCUCCAAGACCGCGGUCUACAAGGUGCCACCCUUCACCUUCCACGUCAAGAAGAUCCGCGAGGGCGAGGUGGAGGUGCUGAAGGCCACCGAGAUGGUGGAGGUGGGCCCCGAUGAUGAUGAGGUUGGUGCGGAGCGCGGCGAGGCCACCGACCUGCUGCGCGGAAGCAGCCCCGACGUGCAUACGCUGUUGGAGAUCACGGAAGAGUCAGACGCCGUCCUGGUGGACAAGAGCGACAGCGACUGAGCAGGACUCUGCCCUGGAGGCGGGUGCCUGACCCUGUGCCUGACCCUGCCGCUCCCUGACCCCCACCCCUGCCCACCUCCUUUCUCUCUUCAAACUUUCUAUUUUGCAUUGUCCUCAGCCCCAUUCUGGUUGAGCUUUUUCUAAGCUGAAAACACACCCUGGAAGCGCAUCCCUUCAGAGCACAAGCCUUAGUCCGAGGGGAGGUGGUUUUUCACCUUGGGCAGCCUCCAUUUGGACACAGACUGGGUAGGAAGUAGGAAGAAUGGCCCAAUGCCCUGGUUGUUCUGGUCUAGGAUGUUUUUUCUGAGCUCUCUAGUUGGGCCCUGUCGGGGCUUUUUGCCUCCCUCUCGGCCUCUCCAUCAUAGCUGCAUACUCAGCGGCACCACUCCCGCUUCCUGAGCUGUUUUACCUUAUCCCCAUCCCAGGAGAUAAAGCCAAACCUUCUGCAAGAGGAAAGAGCGACUCCUAAAGAAAACCCUUGUAGGGGCAACCUUUUAGUGCCAGCUCGCUAUCCCAGCUACCUAGGAGGCUGAGGCGGGAGAAUUGAAAAGUCAAGGCCUGUCCGGACUAAAGAGUGAGUUCAAAAUCAGCCCGAGUAAUUCAGUGAGACCCUGUUUCAAAAUAAGAGAUGGCUGGGUGUAUCAGUGAUAGAGCCCAUGCUUAGGAAGUGGUGGCGGCGAUCAAAGCACCAAGAAGAAAGAAUACGUGUAGGGAGACCUUUGCUCCCAUGGGAGCACUGGAAGACCUGAGGGCCCUUGUGGGAACCUAAGGCAAUAGGGUGGGGGUGGAGGCAGAAUGUGCCUUGACCCUGGAUAAAGGUCUCUCACUGAAGUAAGCAGGAGGAGGCGAGCAGAGAUCGGGGAAAGGAUGAUAGGUGUGUGUGUGUGAUG